AUGAUUUAUCUUACCUCUGCAGAACGGUUCCAUCUUACCCUAGCUAAGCUAACGGUAGCUGGUUCAGCUCAAACCGGUUUAGUAUUCCGUAAAUCCGGCUGGCGAAUUGAAUCAAUUGUAAGAGUUCGUUUACCACGUAGUUUAUACACGUGUAUUUGCUGCACAACAUUAAUUAUAAUAACAUGAGCGACAACGAGAAAGAAUUUAGGGAGCAGGACUCCCAGCCUGGCUCGAGGAGUGCGUCCCCUCAGGGUUCAGCAAAAUCCUCCAGCCGCUCACCAGUACGCUCAAAAGAUGGCUCCCGCCGCUCCAGGUCCAGAUCGCGAUCUCGAUCCAAAUCCAGGUCCCGUUCCCAUCGAAGCUCACGCAGGCAUCACUCCCGCUCUCGUUCCCGUUCCCACCGACGCCGUUCCAGGAGCCGAUCUCGUAGCUGGGAGUACCGCCGGCACAGGAGCCAUAGCCGUUCACCCAUGUCAAAUCGUCGCAGGCACAUUGGCAACAGGGCCAACCCAGACCCUAACAACUGUCUGGGUGUGUUUGGACUGAGUCUGUACACCACUGAGAGGGAUCUGAGGGAGGUUUUCUCAAAGUACGGCCCUUUGAGUGCCGUCAACAUUGUGUACGACCAGCAGUCACGUCGCUCUAGGGGCUUUGCCUUCGUCUACUUUGAAACUCGCGAGGACUCCAAGGAGGCCAAAGAGCGGGCCAACGGGAUGGAGCUUGAUGGCCGCAGGAUCCGAGUAGAUUUCUCCAUCACGAAACGAGCCCAUACACCCACACCUGGGAUCUACAUGGGACGUCCCACAUAUGGUGGUGGCGGCAGCGGAGGAGGAGGUGGAGGUGGAGGUGGUGGUGGUGGUGGUGGUGGUGGGGGGGGUGGUAGUAGUAGCAGCAGCGGUGGUGGUGGUUCAUCAUCGCAGCGUAACUCGAGGGACUACGACAGGGGCUCCGUCAGGGGUUAUGACAGAAGUUAUGAUCGUGAUUAUGAACGCUAUGACGACAGAGAGUACAGAUCUUACAGACGCAGAUCUCCAUCUCCUUACUACAGCAGAGGGUAUCGCUCACGAUCUCGAUCCCGGUCCUACUCGCCACGUCAUUACUGAGCAGUGAAAGAAGAGUCACCGUUGUCAGUGUUAUUGAUCAGAUGCUCGUCCUUUUAUGUUUUUUCUGGACCAGUUUAUAUAUGUGAUAUGUAUUCAUUAUUUGUCAAUAUAUAUUGAAGGUUUAAAAAACGGUCCUAAAGAUGCAGUCUGUCCAAGCAGCGCCAUGUAAGGUGUGAGUUUAUGGAUACCGAAUUUGUAGGCAGAAUAACGAAAAAAGAAAAACGUAAAUUGCCAGAAAAUAGGAUUAAGGUGGAAAUGAGCAAUGCUUUGGAUCUGCUUCAAAAAGUUAUCACUUGAUCAGCAGCUCAAGGCCCAACCUUCUCUUUACUUUGAGGAGAAGCUGUGGAGUUGUUGUUUUUUAAGGUUAUCCUUGUUACAGCUAACAAACAUGAAUUGAAAAUGGGCAGUUUUAUUACAUUUUCUCAUGUUGUUGUUUCCUAUGUAGUUCAAGAUCCCAGUUUUAACUUAAUUCAUAUUUUACCGGUUUCUUUUUAAUUGUGUCUUUUUUUUGUGAAAUGUAUUUUAUUUGGGUGUUUUACAUAAACAAUUAAGAAUUACUUGGGUGAUUUGCUCUGUUGUUUAGUAACAGUGUGUAGUAUACUGUAAUGGCCACCCAUCAAACAUUUUUAAUUAUUUGGUGUGUUUUUUUUCUUGACAGAAAUAAAAUGGUUACUGCUUGAACCUUACGCAUGCACCCUCAUUUGACAUGAGUGAACUUCCAUUUUGAAGCUCUGUUGUCACAGUUGAAGUUUUUGGCUGAAUAAAGUCUUUUACAGAA